UGAAAACUCCCCUGAGACACUUCUUGUCCCCUGUUCAGUCUCACACACAGAGGGUCGCAGGACGCAUCUCUUCUCACCUCCUCAUCCGCCAUGCAGCUACUCUGUCAUGUUGCUUUCCUCCUCCUGUGCAGUCUCCCUUUCCUCUCAUCUGUGUUUCCCCUAGAUUGCAGUAGUACACAAUAUCCCUGGCCAGUGGUUGAAUCCAAGUUUUGCUGUGAGAUGUGCCCACCAGGUCAUCAUAUGAAUCCGCGUCAGCACAACAACUCAUGUACAAGAGUGUGUGUAUCUUGCGAGGGGGAACGAUACAUUGAUACUUACAAUGUGGCGUUGACUUGUUCAAAUUGCAAACUUUGCGAACAUCCUAACAUGGAGUAUAAGUCAAGAUGUAGUUUCACUCAGAACGCUGAGUGCAGAUGCAAAACUGGCUACAACUGCAAAGACAAACCCUGCACCCGGUGUGUGCCGAUACCCACCCUCCCUCCAGCCACUACCACCCUCGGAACAAACAAGCCCAAACAACCAAUUGGAGAGAAAGCGUGGUUCCUGGUGAUAAUCGCCCUCCUGUGUAUUGGAAUUGCACUUGUCGUUGUAACAAAAAUAAAGCCCCUACUGCGCUGGAUCAGGUCCAAGGACAGCUUCUUUUUUACUGACAAACCAGAACAAUCAUACUCUGAGGACGACGAUCAAUCCAAGCCUGUCCAGGAAGUCUGCGGGGAAUGUGACCAACCUAUUGAUGUGUGCCUUAAAUGCUAAAUAGGUGAUAAGAAAAGGCUACAAGCAAACAUCCUGUGCUGCUAAGGACAUUUAUGGUUAAUGAGGCCAAACACCACUUCAGUCCGUGCUGGCGAAGGAACCUUGAGAGGUCAAGUAUUUCUGGACUGAUUCGGUUUCCUGAGUGGAAACAUGACUCUUUGACAUCUGUGACGAUAAGAUGAUAAAAGUGUAUAAAACAUGGAGAUAAAGAAAGUGAAAAGAGAGGGACACUGUGAUACGCAUGACUUAGAAAUUGUGCACUGUGUUGCAGUUGGUAUGUACUAUGGUACACAAAAGUUAAAGAUAGUCUAUAUUUAAUACCUUUACAUUUAUCUGUGUAUAUAUAAAGACCUUUUUGCUGUAGUUUUGUGGUUAGAUUAUAGAU